CUCGCUGAUAAACCAGCGAGCGUACCCGCGCCUUUCGUUUUCUGAGGUCCGGUAGGGUCGGCAGCAACAUAUACCAACUACCUUACGGACACCUUACGCCGUAAUCACUAGAACCUCGGGUUUCUUGCUCCGUAUUACCUACAAAGUAUCCGUACCUUACGGUCUUACCCCUCAACGGCUCGUCUCUCGGUCAGCGGUCCUGAUCGUCGCGGCCCCUUCCCGCUCUCCCGUUAGUCUCUCAAUUCGUCUCCUGACGGGACCUUGACGCUUCUUCUUCCUCCUCCUCCUCCACCACCACCACCACCCCUAUCCAUUUCCUCAUCUUACUUGGUCAAGUCCGGUCCCAAACCAGCGCAGCCUAGGAUUCAACCAUCCACAACUCCAACUCCAACGACCAAAAGGUACGUAAGGAAGCAAACCUACCAAUCCCCGGGCCCCCGGCCCCCUUCCAGAAGCAACAGGAACAGCACAUGCUGUGCUACAAACCAGAGGUGCCAUUGUCGUUGGUGUCCUUUUGGUUUGGUUCGAUCUUGAACCCCCUAGUCAACGCUAGAGGGGACAAACGCUCCCCCCCAUCAUCGCCCAGCCAAGUUGGCAGAAUCCUAAAUCCCAAUCUCAAUCGCAAUCGCAGCAAGCUCGGCCCUGCACCGUAUGCGCCGCGUCAAUUGGCCCCCCUUCCUGAAUUUCCCUGCUGGAGCUUGGAAGGGGCCGGAGCCCUUGGCCUGGAUCCGCGACUGACCUCAUUUGCUGUGUGUCUAGCAUCGUCGACGAACCUGGACGCUUACGCUGCUCCUCUCAAUCCACGCCCGUCACUUCUCACAAGCCCGACAUCUGCGCACCGGUGGAGCUCCUAGCGAGAAAAAAAAAUAAACCAGGCCCCUUUUUCGAACCCCUGGUCUGCCGCACCACGAAGCUCUAUCCUGCUCCUCCUGUUCCUGUUCCUGUUCCUGUCCCAUCCUAUCCGUACGAAGUAUCCGUACUGCGUUCGCGCUAUUCAGACGCACCCAGUACCUCUAACGGAUACGCUUGUGUACCUGAUCUGACGAGCCGCAGUCCCGUUCGUACGUACCUUACACUGUACCUUACCUACCUGACCAUACGCACACCUUGCUUGCCCAAUCUUUGGUCAAGGUUUCUCACCGGCCCAGCAACCAUUUCCAAGGGCCCCCGACGAGAAGCAAGGUACACACGAGGCAGACCACACUAAGAAGAACGGUCCCCGGUGGGUUUGCCAUGCCUUCCUUGAGGCUCUGAAAUCCCGGCUCUUAGUCAGUGCAUCCACUGUCCCAAAAGUUUGGUUUUCACCCAAGGCCCUGCCAGUCCGCUCUGUUCUUGUUCGGUCGUGAUCUUUUCAAUCUCUUCUUCUUUGCACAUUGUAUGUUGUUUGCCUCCCCCGAAUAGCCUCUGCCCUCCCCUGGUCGUGGCCAUGGCGUCCGACCCUAACGGAGCUCGAAAGGCUCACAGGAGUUCAGAAGGCUCCCGCAUACCUUCGAAAUACUAUCACGCCGACCACUCAACUGCCGCCGCCGCUGUCUCCUCCUUCUCCUCCUCCUCCCGAAGAACCGAUCGCGACGCCGCUCAUCGAUCCGCCCCGGCCGCUCCGAAGAGACAUACACCCCAUUACGCUGUCCACCGAGAGUCAUCGAUCGAGCCAAUACGGCCCUCUGCCACUGGCUCCGAACAACCUGCCAAUUACCGCGACUCCUUCAUCUCCAUAGUCGACGACCCAUUCUUUUUGCGAUUUGACGAUAACAACAUUGAAGGGGCGCUUGCACUUGACCCUCGUUGGGCUGCGACUUCAUUUGACGACGCCGACGCCGAAGACGAAGACGAAGGAGAAGAAAACCAAAACGAAAAGGAAAACGCGGACGACAGCCAGGAGGACGAAGACGAGGAGGAGGAAGAAUUCGAUUUCGACGCUUUCGAGUUCCGCGAUGACGACACGCCCAACGAGCGCUGGCCGCCCCCAAGAAGAGAGUCGUUGAUAAUAGGACAUUCCUUGUACUGGGUAAUAAUGCCCCACUAGAAACAGACUGCGGGGUAGCUGAUGAGACGGGAGUGGAAAAAAGGGGCUGACGAUCAUAGCAACCACCAACCUCCGCCAUCAUGGAGAGCCUCAAUAUCGCAGUCAUUGGCGCCUCGGGCGUUGGCAAGUCGUCCUUCGUCCAGCGCGUGCUGGGCCUAUCGCGACCGCCCAUUACCAAUGCAUCCAGCGUCCGCAUGGUCGUCGACAACGUCACAUACGGCGUGACGCUGAUCGAGCUUGACCUCGAAUACUUUGAGCUGAACCCGCUGCAGCCCAUCCAAUGGCCGAAACAGAUCAACGGCCACAUCGUCCCGCGGGUCGAUGGCGCCCUCAUUAUUUACGACGUCAUGAAUAAAGAGAGCAUGAAGGAAUUGCCCCAAACGAUUGCUGCUUUAACAAAGUCGGGUCUGCCGGCUGUCCUGGUCGCCAACAAAUGCGAUCAUCCAGAGAGCGAACGGCAAGUUGAUUCGCAGCGAGUCGCCAGCCACGAGUAUUUCAAGUCGUGCGUUGGGAUGUUCAAUCUGUCUACAAGUAGUCCGGAACGCGCCAGAGCGUGUUUGAACACAACCUUGAAAGCCUCGAUCGCUUACCGCAAGGAAUCACAAUCGGAGUCGGGCAUGCCCCGCCGUCGUGCAGCCUCGGCGGCCAACCUCGAGGCCCACGACAGCUCCAACGGACGCCCGCUAAGUCAGCAGAGUAAACAUAGCCGAGCGAGCUCUGAUUUGUCGCUUCUUCGAGGUGUUCCCCCUCCCAUCCCCGAUCACUUACGUGGCCCACAUCCUCCACGAAGUCCUCGAAUAGCCGACUUUGGUGGCGCGCCUUCAAGUUCGGGCUCGUUCGGCCCAUCCGAAACCAUUGAGGAGGAGUCUCAACAAACUGUCUCGAGUCAGCUUCGGACACCUGGGAUACGUCUCGACCGCGGGCCAACGGAUUCGUUCCUAGACAUGGAGGAGUCAGAUGCCGAAUCGUUCAGAUACUCGGAGGAGGUCCCCAUUCUUCAGCGGAGCGAUGAUAGCUUCCUCGAGAAGCCGACCAAGUCAGCAGGUGUGGCCUUUGACGAACUCGUCGACCGGCUCAUUGCUCCCCGGAUGACCAAAGCGGACAACAACUUCUCCGAUGUUUUCUUGUGUCUCUACCGGAAGUUUGCAGCACCAGGCGAGCUCUUCUCGGCUAUACUUACGCGACUUGACCGCGUUAGAGACGACAAAGCAGCACAUUAUCUUUCCAAGACCGCAACACAGCUCAGAAUCAUUGAGGUCGUCGCAAAAUGGGUCUCGCUGUACCCUGGCGAUUUUGCGCGAUCAGGAACGAGGCGAAAUCUAGAAGAGUUUAUCAAACAUCUCUCCACCGAGCCAAUCUUCUCCAUCGCUGCGCAGCAAAUUCGGCGACAUCUCGAAUUCAGUGUGGUGGAGGAUGACAACACCGGAUGGGCAAAGUCGGACGAAGUCGCAGACGAAGAAGGCAGCAAACUUUUGUCGAGAGAAAAGACGCGCUCUACAUCAGACAUAUCCAAUGGUAUGAUCACUUUGACCAUUGACGACGACAGGACUCCAGACGAGAGACCUUCUGGCAGCUCCGACUUUUCCCAAGUGGACAGGACGAGCAGUGUGGGCACGCACGUCUCCUUUCACUCUUACGACGAAUACGAAAGAGAGGCGGCGAACAUGGAGCCCACGGAUGUGCUACCGAUGAACAAGUUCCGUUACCAUAUUUUCAUGGACAUCACGGACGACGACAUCGCCGAUGAGAUGACGCGCAUCGACUGGGUCAUGUUUUCUUCCAUCCGCAUCAGAGACUUUGUGCGGCAUGUGAGUCUCUCAUUGGAGCAACGAUCCAAAUGCAAGAGUCUCAAGAACGUCAAUCGGAUGAUCAACCACUUCAACCACGUGGCGAAGUGGGUUGCCAAUCUCAUAUUGUUACGAGACAAGGCAAAGCAUCGGUCUCAGAUGCUAGAAAAGUUCAUGAACAUUGCACAAAAGCUGCGGCGGCUCAACAACUACAACGGUUUGGCGGCGGUGCUCGCAGGGAUCAACGGCACGGCGGUCCAUCGGUUGGCGCAGACGUGGGCACUAGUGCCGCCUGAAGCACAAAAGUCGUUUGCGAAAUUGGGCAUUCUCAUGGGUACACAAAAGAGUCACUUUGCGUACCGACUGGCAUGGGAGAAUUCCCCGUUGCCACGGAUACCCUACAUUCCGCUACACCGGAGAGACCUGGUCUCGGCCGAGGAGGGAAGCAAAACAUUUGUGGGGCCUGAAGGCGACAGAGUCAACUGGAAGAAAUUCGAGGUACUUGGUGAAGUACUGCUGCCGCUCAUGAAGAGUCAGGGAACUGCGUAUCCGAACCUCUCGAAGCACGAGGCAGCCAGGGAGCUGAUUUUGGAUUGCAGGAUGCCAACGGAUGAAGAAGAGAUAUAUCAACGGAGUGUACAGCUGGAAAGCACAGCGGGCGGUGGUGCUGAGUACAACAAGAAGAAGUUCCCGUGGUUCGCCAAAUAGAAUCUGGCAAACCGGCGAAGUGUCUCGACGGGAAGACUCCUCUGCCCAACUCCAACGAGAGCAUAGACGGACGAAGGCGCAACGUCGGCGGGCAAGCUGGUCAUUAGCUCGCGCGAGACGUGAUUGGCGCAUGCAUGCGUACAUAUCAACAUGUCAGGUUCACGCAGCGUAGUGGGACUGUUUCUAGGCGAUCUGGCUCGGUUUUUUCACGUUAUAGAUAUCCUGUCCAGCAAUUGAUUUUGAGGUCGAUGAUGGCCUCGAAUUACUGUCGACACUUGUCCCGUCAGUCGAGCCCGAUUUAAUCGAAUCAUGCCAGCACAAUGACUGGACUAACGUUCUC